CCUUCCGCACAGAGCGCCGGGCGGGCUGGCCGGAUGCGGGACGGACAUGGGCGCGGGCGGGGACGGGAGCCCCGCGGCUGUCCGCACGGUCUUAGGUCUCCUGCUCCUGCUCCUGGCGGCCGCCGCCGGUGCCGGUUAUCACCGCCUAGAUGUUCAGGUCAUUGGAACUGAUGAGGAAGAGGGGGACUAUAACUACUUCAUGAUUGCCAGAGUGGAUGACUUUGUAUUCGCCACGUACCAGAGUGAAACCCAAGAGUUCAGACCCACCCAGGACUGGGUGAAGCGGGCUCUGGGCGCUGGCUAUGUGCGGGAACAGACCCGGGAGUUCCGGGGAUACGCGAAAGGCUCCAAAGCUAACGUAAAGAGCUGGAUGAAGCUGUAUAACCAGACAAGUGGGCUCCAUGUUGAACAGGUCCAUGUGGGCUGCUCUCUUAGCAGUGAUGUUUUGGGGGACCAGAAGUUCCAGUAUGCCUACGACGGGGAGGAUUUCAUCAGCUUCGACAUCCAGCGGCAAACAUGGGUGGCAGCAGUUCCAGUGGCGUUUGCCCAGAAGUUGUGGUGGGAAAAUAGCAAGACCUGGACCCAAUUUGUCCAGUGGUACCUGAAGGAGAAGUGUCUGGAAACUUUGAAGAGCUUGCUCCAAGAGGGAAGGGCAAUCCUGGCCCAGAAGGUCUCCCCCGUGGUGUCAGUGUCCCGCAGAAAUGGCCCGGAUGGGUCUGUCAGCCUGUCCUGCCACGUGAGGGGCUUCUACCCACGUCCCAUCCAAGUCUCGUGGGUGCAAGAGGGAGGGGAGAUACUCCCAGAGACCUUCACCAGUGGGAUCCUUCCCACUACCAAUGACACGUUCUACCUUUGGACGUCCCUGGAGCUUGCACCCACAUCAGCCAUGCGCCGCUAUGCCUGCCAAGUGGAGCACAGCAGCCUACCGGAGACUUUGCUCACAUGGGUCCCCGAUCGGAUGGACACUCCACCCCCUGGGGUCUUAGCUACCUUCAUUGUAGCCGGAGGUCUGAUUCUGGUUGUUGCUAUCCUGGGCGUUGUCAUCUUCUGGAGGAAGAAGUCAGGAGGCAUCACCAAACCCAGCUAUGCUCCAGCAAGCACUGAGAUGAUUCCCGAAAGCAGCCUUGUCAUCAGGAACAGCAACUGAAAACCAAAAUUGUGAUGAAAUAAAUGAACUGUCAUAGCCCAAGUUCUCAACGUUGAGCUAAAGAGAAAUGUAGAACGUGUGCCGACUGUCCUGAAGCCUAUUUCUAUAGCCUUGAACAAAGUGCAGGGAUACUGCUAUUUUAUUGCCGAUGCUGUUGAAAUGUGAAGGAACUGAGUGAGACUGUGAAAAGAGAAAAUCGCAAUGACAGAGUUAAAUUGCAGUCAUUUAAAAAACAAAUAGAUCAAGCACCAUCUCCAGUUCGUUUUCUUGCCAAUAUUUUCAGUACUCAGUACCAGGGUCAGUCCUUAACUGCGGAAGAAGAGUUGGCUAUGACAUGGGCAUCCAGCAGUCAUCCCUCUCUAACACCAACUACAAUAAAUUCCAGGGGUAAGGGUGAACCAUUCAAGAAAUACAUAUUUGCUGAUGAGGUUUGAAAGAGAGUCACACCAGUGAACUGGUGGAAGUCACUUCAGCACCUGGCUCCAUCAGAGACUACUGAAGUGAUAAUCCAGCUUUUAACUGGAAGACUGAGUUGCUGCAUAACCCAAUAUUUUACGUUUUGCAUGUUGAUCUGGCUGAAAUAAUUUAUUACAUUUUUGUUGAAAACACGUUUCACAUAACUAAAAUAGUUAAAAAUUCAAAAACAUAUAUACUUUGUUAAAAUAAUUAUAUGUUUGUUGUUGAAGAAAAAUGUCCAAAAUACACAAGCUUGUUGUCUUAGUUAAAACAAUUUAAAUGUCAUAAUUCAGUUUUCUGAUAUAGCUACAAAAUUAAUUUGAAAAAGAUUAAAAAUCACUGCUUUAAAAAGUAUAGGGUGUGCCUUCUAAAAAUUAAAUCUAGAUCUAUAGGUUGAGAAUAAUACAUAUUAAGGCUAUAUCAAACAACAAGAACACUUUUUUUAGAAAGCAGUGAUUAAAUUGAGGCUUCCUGACCAGUGAUUUAAAUCAUGAUUUUAAUCAUGUUUUAAAUUGAUUUCAUUUACAUCAAAUCCACCCUGCCAGUUUCCUUCUCUCCUCUGCGUCCUCUGGCCAGUAGAGCUGAGAAUCUGUCUUGUGCUGCUGCAGGGAGUUGGACAGGCACAGGCACAACUUAUUUUUAUGCUCUGGGUAUCAUCAUCAAUAAAAGAUUGGGUUAUA